CACAAACUUAUAUGGCGGCAAGUCCUUGGGUGUAGGAGGCAAGUCCCCGGUAAUUUUGAAGUGUUACUGAGCGUGACAAGGCCCCGAGCAACGGUCAGCUUGCACGAGUAAUGAACCACAGACACAGAGAAUUUGUGCUCAAUGCCGGACAGCAGGGCCAAUUUAUUCAAAGCACAAGCGGGUUUGAUUACCAGAGCCACCCUCAGAGGACCCAGCCAUAUGGACCCCCAUCAGACCCCAGACCCCCACCCCCACAGCCUUUAGCACGCCCACCAUUCACCCCACAACACUGCCCAGCUAUCCGCCAGCGCUAUGUGCCUCCACCACCACCCCCUGGGGUGGGACAACCGUGUCAGCAGGAGAGGGCAUCCCACCGCAGCUCCUUUGCUUCACCCAGACCACUACCCCUGAGGUCACCAGGAAAUGGCUUUUGGCUUCCUCCUCCUCAUGAUACCACUGACUUCAGGCAAGGGCAGGUGACUGAGGAUGGAGGGUCAAACACCUGUCCUAAAGCGAGAGAAACAGGGGAUUUGCCAAAGACCAGCACCAUGUCAGAUCACUCUGAAAAAGAAAACUCGGUAACUCCUGUUGUCCUGGACCUGGACAUGUCCACAAAUAAUCUUCCUUCAGAGCUUGAAAAACUGCUGAAGAGCUUAAUGCAACCAUUGUUUUGCAAACUUUGCAAUGCUUUUCUUAAUGCUCCAAAUCAAGCCCAGCAGCAUUAUAGUGGUAAAAGCCAUGCAAAGAAGGUUAGGCUGUUUGUUAAAGAUGCUGAAGCAAAAAGCACUGAUCUACCCAAAUCCAAGCUGGUUGACUCUGCCACAGAUGCCUCUUCCAAGACCCUGAUAAUGGAUGAUGAGAAACUUGCCGACCAGUCAUCUGCGUCAGAAGAGAUGAAGCCUCUGUUGACUGAAACCAAUUCCGUGGACUGCAGUAGCUCUGGCAGCAAGCAGAAGGUGACAGCAGAGGAGUACUGCGGACUAUGUGACGCGUCCUUCAACUCUCCCAAACAGGCAGAGCAGCAUUACCACGGCAAAAAACCAUGCCAAGAAGCUUCGGUUGUCAGCCACCGCCAAUAUUCCCCUCACCUGUGACAGCUCAAUAGCCGCUGGGGAAGGAUCAAAGUUCACCUGUUUUGUGUGUAAUGUGCAUGUUACGUCCCAAGGACAACUGACGAGUCACCUGAAUGGCUCACGUCACAAGACAAAGCUGAGGAUCCAGCAGAGAGGGGCCCAGUCAUUGAGGGGACGCUGGUCUAAUAAUAAACAAGAGGCUCGAUGUUUUACAGGUGGAGGAGGAGGAGGAGCAGGUGAGGGCAACAGCUUACCAGCAGGUAUAAGGUACGACUCUCCUGGAGCUGAUUAUCAGCAAGGAACUACAGAUUCCAACUGGUACCAACCCAGCCCAGCCAAAAAGUCGCGCAGAGAUUUUUCAAACUACCGCACACCAAGUGGCAAGUAUUACUGCUCAACCUGUAAUGUUACGCUUAAUGCCGAGGGCCAGUUUGCUCAGCACAUUGACAGCAAAAGACACAAGUCCUCCAGCUCUCUGCAGCGCAAUUACUUAGAAUCCGCCGAUUUUACAUAAAUGAUGGUGUGUUCGGAUAUAUAGUUGUCAAAGUUUUAACAACGCUCGUCUCUGAAAUGCAGUUAUUGUACAUACAUAUUUAUGUAUGUAAAUACAUAAAUAUACAUCGCUAACAUUUGUAUUCUAGCUAAGUGUAAUACACAGUGCCGACUUGCUUUCGUAAUUAGUGAGAAGACCUACAGCACAAAGUGCUACAAAUUACGCAGAGCUUCGUAAUGUGAUUACAGGUGUUCUGACAUCUUUUUGGUAACCUAAUUGUCUUAUUGAGCUAGGACACUAAAAUUGAUUGAUUGAUUGAUAUAUCAUGUGUUCCAUCGUAGUGUUUGUUAGUGUUUACAUGUAUGUGACGAUGUGUAUGAUGUGUAAGGCGCUCCUCGUUAAUACAGUGGUUAGCUGAUAGCUUGUUUAAUAUUUGUGUUAUGUUUUUGUAGUGAUUUAUUGCAAUUUAAUCACUGUUAUGUGUGUCAGCGGAAAUAGUUAAUUUUAUCAUGCUUUGCCUUUGCUCUUAAAAAUAAGCAACAGAAUUGAGUAUAAUUUUAAAGAUCAACCCAUUCACUUGAUAUAAAGGCACCCGGUCUUGUACUAAGUAUUACCUGUCUAUUCCGUCUGUCAAGAUAAUUGUACUGUAUAUGUGUGCUUUUUGGUAUGAGUUGGAUAAGUAUGUAAUAUUUUCAUGGAAAAAGCUUGUUAAAAUGUGUUUUAUUUUUUUUUUUGUUUGUUUUCUUUUAGUUUUGUUUGGUCCUUUUUUUGAUUGUGGACAGAAACUAACUUUAGGGCUAUGUAAACGUUGAAGUUUUAUUUGAAUGGGUUGGUGUGUGGGUGUACAGAAUGUAUCAUACAAUGUAUUAUAAUAUAGACUCUGCCAAAAUAAGUACAGUAUUCAUUAAAUAACAUGGCGGAUUCAUUUCAGACUCCCAUUGGGGUACUCUUCUA